AUCGAUGUGAUCGCUGGCGUCUCGCUGUCAGAUGAGCGUGUGGAGGCCGACCUGUGGCCAGUCACACAGCGGACUGUUGGAGGGCAAAGUUUACAGAGCAGAGCAGCAGCAGCCUGUCUAUCCAGCUGUUAUCUCCCUCAGAGGACGACACGCAGAGGACCGGCUCCAUCUGCCCGGAGAGCUGCGAGACGCUGAACCGAACCGGAGUGUGUGUGAUCCACGCAGCAGCAGCAGCAGCAUGUAGCCACGACAACGAGGACAACUACUCCUACAUGUCUGAUCUGUCUCUACCGUGGCCCUCCGUCUGCUCCGGUCCGCUGCACUGAUCCUGAUCCGAGCCCCGGUCCCGGUGUGACCCCCCUGGAGGAGCCAUGGGUGGGAGUCUGGGCUGUCACCGCUCCAUCCCCAAGGACCCCACAGACUUCAGCUGCGGCAAGCGCAAGUUCAGCGCGGCGUGUAACUUCGGCCACAUCCUGGUGAACCAGGAGCGGCUGAACAUCAACACGGCCACCGAGGAGGAGCUCAUGACUCUGCCGGGAGUCAACCGCGCCGUGGCGCAGAACAUCGUGGAGUACCGGGACUGUAUAGGAGGCUUUAAGAAAGUGGAGGACUUGGCUUUAGUGAGCGGGAUCGGAGCCACCAAACUGGAGGUGAUCAAACUGGAGAUCUGCGUCUCCAGCAGGACCAGCUCGUCCCAGCACUCCCCGUCCUCCCUGCGUAAAGACCCGGACCACCAGCAGCCCUGCACCGGCAUGAACAUCAACACCGCCACGCCGGCGCAGCUCAUGAGCAUCCGAGGCAUCACGGAGAAGAUAGCCAAGAACAUCGUGGCCUACCGGGCGGAGCACGGUGCGUUCAGGAGCAUCGAGGACCUGGUGAGGGUCCACCACAUCAACAGCUCGCUGCUGGACAAGAUCCGCUUCCAGGUGUUCGUGGAGCGCUCCAGGGCGCCGUCCACCAACACCAACGGGGGGCUGACCUGCACCACCAAGUCCCACCCGAGCCCCACGUCGUUCAGUCUCAGGAGCGACGACCUGGACCUCCCGCCCGGAGGACCGACCCAGAUCAUCUCAGUGCGGCCCAACGUGGAGCCGCCGCCCGGGCUGAGGGACGGGAAGCCCGUGGUGCGUCUGGCCACCUGGAGCCUGCAGGGCUGCUCCUGCGACAAGGCCAACAACCCGGGGGUCAAAGAGGUGGUGUGCAUGACCCUGCUGGAGAACGACGUCAAGUUGCUGGCGGUGCAGGACCUGCUGGAGCGGGAGGCUCUCGAUAAGUUCUGUGUGGAGUUAAACCAAGGAACGCUGGCCAGCGUACGGAAGUGGAAAUGGCCACGAGGGCUGUGGAAAAGUGUCGUGUCUGAGAAACCCACUGGACACCCCGGCAAGGGAGUGAGCUACUCUGGCUUCCUGUGGGACGCUUCGUCUGGUAUCGACCUGAAGGAUGCUGCAGUCCUGGAGCCUCCUGUUGUCAACGGCAACGGGAAUCACACUUACCCCCGACCCUACCUGGCUCAUUUCUCUGUUGGUUCAUACGAGCUGACGGUGGUGAACGUCCACAUGCCGGCCACAGUUGCAUCAGGAGAGUCCAACGGCAAGAACCACAACACAGAGGAAGCCAAGUGUCCGCACCUCUCCCCAAGCAUCCAGGAAACACUCAAAGGUGAGAAGGAGUUGGUGGUGCUGGGAGAUUUUGGCUCCCCUGCUCAGAGCUCAGAGCUGGACAUCCUGAGAAAGGAAAAGCUCUGUGCUCUGAUACCGUCCUCCCAGUUCACCAACAUCAGCACCCGCUCACCACAGGGCACCCGCUGUCUGGACAACAUCUGGGUGAGCCGCUCCCUCAAGAAGAUCUAUUCUGGCCACUGCAUGGUAGUGCGGGAAGGCCUGACGAACCCCUGGAUCCCAGACAACUGGUCAUGGGGCGGCGUGGCGUCAGAUCACUGCCCCGUGGUGGCUGAGUUUUACGCAGACGUAUCCCCUAAGGAGUUGAACAGGCCUGGUAUGGCCGUGGUGGACAGAGGAGACAUUAUGCCCAAACACGAGCGGUGACGGCAUCCGCGGUCACAGUAAAGACGGACGACAUCAGACUUUUUUCCUGCUUUGUCUCGGUUCGCUGUGGAGUUUCCUGAUGAAUGUGAAGAAGUGCCAAGAUUGCCUUUUGGGUUUCAAUUUAUCAGUGUAUAAUAGUAACUGGUCAUAGAGCCAUAAAAUAUAUAUAUAAUGUACUUUAAACAGAAAUGUGCCAAACAUUUUCUAUCUGUAUAUAAAAAUAAAGAGAAAUUAAUAGAUGUUC